AUGCAGACCCAAGGAGCGGAGGUUGAGGCGAAGGCUGUUAAAUGGGCUAUUCAGUCCAUCUACACUUUGCGGCCGAAGAAUCUGUAUCUUGACAUGUCUGACCUGCUAGAGGAAUGGCGAGAGAUGCUCUUAUCUGUGGCACAACUCGAUGCCCAAGGAGUUGGCCUAGGAAAGAGUUCGGGACGACCCUCAGAGCCUACAGCCGACCAGCCAUCAUAUGAAGGUGUUGGAUCAUUUGAUGAAGAUUAUAGUGGGGGUGAGAGUGAGGCUCCUGAAUGUUCCCUUACUCCACCCGUGGACCGUGAGCUUAAUGACAAACUCUUUCAUAAAUAUGGUGGUUAUAUUAGCACCUUGAAGCAUGAGUUUUCUAAGAAGAAGAAAAAGGGAAAACUACCGAAAGAAGCCAGGCAAUUCUUGUUUGAUUGGUGGAGUGUCCACAACAAAUGGCCCUAUCUGACGUUACCAUCUCUGAUCAUGGCUGAAGCAAUUGUUUCCGCUGUCUUGAGGCAUCUGGGUUCAAUCAUUGCUCAAGAAAUACAACAAGAAGUGAAGCUAGUUGUUGGUGUCGACAAAGAAGUCAAAAAGCUUAGGAGCAAUCUUGAAGCUAUUGAAGCUGUGCUCGUUGAUGUAGAGGAAAGACAAAUGAAGAAGAAAACUAUAAGUCUUUGGUUAGAUCAGCUCAAACACGCAUCCUACGACAUUGAAGAUGUGUUGGAUGAGUGGAACUAUGCCAUGUUGAAACUGCAAAUUGAGAGACCUGAAGAUGAUGCUGUUCCUAAGAAGGUGUGUUUCUCCUUUCCCUCCUCUUGCUUUUCUUUCAAACAAGUUAGUUUACAUCAUGACAUUGCAAUGAAGAUAAAAGAUGUAACUGAAAAUCUAGAUGACAUUGCGAAACAAAAAGAUAAGUAUGCUUUUAACACGAUUAGAAGCGUUGAAAAGUCAGAACGACUACAAAGCACCUCAUUUGUUGAUGUGUCUGAGUUAUGUGGUCGAGUUGACGAUAAGAAUAGUUUAGUACGUAAGUUAUGUGAUAGUAGUGAAGAACACCUUCCUGUCAUCCCUAUUAUAGAGAUGGGAGGAAUUGGUAAAACCACUCUUGCUCAAUUUUCAUAUAAAGACAAUGAGGUGAUAAACAAUUUUGAGAAAAAAAUAUGGGUAUGUGUAUCUGAGCCUUUUGAUGAGUAUAGGAUUGCUAGAGCAAUUAUUGAGGCUUUAGAAAGUUUUGCUUCGAAUGUAGUUGAAUACGAAUCACUUCUUCAACAUAUUAGUAAAUCUAUUGUGAGAAAGAAAUAUCUUUUGGUCUUAGAUGAUGUGUGGAACGAGGAUUACAAAAAAUGGGAACCGUUGUAUCAUUGCUUGAAGAAUGGUCUUCAUGGAAGUAAAAUUUUGAUUACCACACGUAAGGAAUUGGUUGCACGUAUGAUGGGAUCAAUUGAUAUUAUCAAUGUUAAGGAGUUGCUUGAAGAAGAUUGUUGGUUGUUGUUUAGACAAUUAGCAUUUUUUGGUAUGUCUCAAGAGGAGUGUAAAAAAUUUGAAGAGAUUGGUAGGCUAAUUUUAAGGAAGUGCAAGGGUUUGCCUCUUGCUGUUAAAUUGACUCCUAAUAUCUUACCAAAAUUAUUUGAUGAAUUGACAUCUUUAAAGGCGUUAACCAUAGCUCCAUCGUGGCGGCAUGUAGAUGUGAUUGAGUACAUUCCUAAAGAGGUUGGAAAAUUGAUACAUUUGAGAGAAUUGGAAGAAUUACCUCAAGGGAUUGGAAAAUUAAUAGAACUAAGGCAUCUUGAGAAUUAUGGGACCACGUCAUUAAGAAAAAUCCCAAUAGGAAUUCAAAGAUUGAGUAAUCUCCGAAUCUUAAGGGAAUUCGUGUUAAGUGGUGGUGGUGGUAGUGAUAAUAAAACAUGUAGCCUUGAAGGUUUGAAAUACCUUAACCUCUUUGAAGAGUUGUAUAUAAGAGGACUGGGAAAUAUAUCAGAUGUGAACAAGGUUAAAAGAUCAAAAAUUAAGAACCAGAAAAAUCUCCUUCAUUUGACUUUAGAUUUUAGAAAAGAUGAACGAGAGAGGACAAAUGAAGAUGAUGAAGCACUUCUUGAAAUCCUACAACCAUCUUUAAAUUUGGAGAAAUUACGGCUAGAUAAAUACAGAGGCAACACUAUUAUGCCCAACUGGAUGAUGUCCUUAACCAACCUCAGUCACUUAACACUCCGUAACUGCAUAAACUGUAAGCAUUUGUCUUCCUUGGGAAAAUUGCCAUCCCUUGAAUCGUUUUCAAUAUGGGCGAUGAAGAGUGUGAAAAGAGUGAGUAAUGAAUUUUUGGGAAUUGAAAGUGAUGGCACAUCAUCUUCUUUUAUUUUCUUCCCCAAAUUGAAAACUCUCACUUUUCAGUAUAUGGAUGAAUGGGAGGAGUGGGAUUAUGAGACUACAAGAAAUAGAGAAGAAGAUGAUAUUACAAUCAUGCCAUCUCUGGUUUCCUUGUCAAUUUAUAACUGCUCCAAACUGAAGGCACUACCAAACCACCUUGAUCAGAAUACGACACUGAAAAAAGAUAUCUCUCGUUGCCCUCUGCUACACUACGGUUGA